UUGAAAUCGUAAAAAGUAAUGUAAUCGGAAAGAGCCGACUCGCUAUAAGGCCUGGAUAAGCCCCGGAAGCUCAAUCUAUCCCUUCAUUCUCGAAGCAACUCGUACAGACACAAAAUGUCUUCUGACACGGCAGUGGUACCCAUCAUAGUCGCCCAGUAUUCCCUUCGAAUCCAUCCACGAAGGACCGAGCACUGGAGCCUCGCAAUCUUGUACUCCCUGAAUGAAGUCGAAAUCCACGAAAUCCAAGGAAUGUUGGACACCUUCCACUACGAAACAUUCCGGAAAAGUACUAGUUUCCUGCGGUCCGUAACGUUGUGCGGAGGGUGUCAUGUCGGCAACAUUCCUUGCAAUCUAUUGGAUGCCGUACGGAAGGCGUUGAAAGAUGUUCCUGUCAUCCGGCACGAUGAAUCAUGGGACUGCCAGACGUGGGUAGUGCAUGCAUUGCGCUCGUUGAGGGACUUUGGGAUAAUUUUUGCUCACGUCAAUGAGGCAAGAAUCCGAAAAGAGUUGGCGGAAGACAGGGAGAAGUGGGAGAAUGGUGAGGACGCUGUGUAUGAGAGACUGUACGGAGAGUCGAAUUAAGAUCGGUGCUGGAGAAUAGCUAGUGAAUAAG